AUAGCUUUCGGUCAAGGAGUUGUAGUAAAGCAUUUGCACUUGUCCAGUCGCUGUGCAGAUUAUGCUUCAAGGAUGUUGUUGGACUACCAAAUGAACUUAGAACUUUUCUCAGAAUGAACGGCAUCAAGAAACCCCCUUUGGAGCCCUUCAUGGGAAACAGGUUCCACAUUUAUUUUCAUAAUGCAGGAGCUUGCUUCUUCCUUCAGCUAAACAUUAAUUGCAAACUUCCUCACAAAGGUAUUGACAGAUAAUCAAAAUGACCUUCAUCGAGCUGUUAUUGUUUUAAAUCUAAGCUAUUGUAUGAUUGGUUUUUGCGCCCUUGGACUCGUAGGGAAAUACCUAACAGGACCGUGGAUGAGAAUGGUAGAAGCAGAUCUGAACAUCCUUGAGCUGAAUCCCUUCUAUCAGGAAGCAGCGAAUGCUUUGGACCUCUGGAGUCAAGACUCGACAUCUAUAGUGAAUAGACAAGCAGUUAUUGCAAACAAGUAGAGAUACUUCAUUAGGAACUCUGUCUCUGGUCAUGCGGGUGUCCCCAGGAGAAUGCUUAGACAUAGAAACAAGACUCCAGUUCAAAAUGAGGCACCAAAGACAACUCCUAUCAUAGCAAGACAUGUCAGUAAGGAUUAUGCACCAUUACCUGUUCUGGAGGUAUUCAUCUAUGCUGCAUUUAUCUUUACAGUGUUUACCAAGGCUUUCUUUACACUAUAUGAAGCUUCCAAAGAAUACAAAGAUGUUCUCUACUCAUUCAACUUUGAAGAAGGCUGGUACAUAUUCUGGAACAAAGAUAAGGAUAUUGGUGACUAUGAGUGGACUCAUUGGAGGAAGAUUUUCUUUUCUCCUGGUGUAUUGAUUGUAAUGGUUCUACAUGCUGCUCUAGGAAGGAUUGUAGGUUAUGUUUAUCCCAAGUAUCGGACUGUGUUCUUACUCUGCUUUGCUGUUGUCAGCAUUUAUCUGUUUGUGGGUCUUCGACUCCUCUUGUAUUUCCUUUGUCAUUCCUUGUUCAUCUAUACAAUAAUAUGCACUGGUAGCAUGUCUACAGUUUGGUUUAUUGUGCUGUUGCAGAUAGCUUCUAUCAACCUCAAUUCCUUUCUUCAAUUCCAGCGGUAUAUAUUCACAGAUGAGGAUGAUCUGAACAUGAUGAUUUUCACUUUAGCAAUGUGUUCUUUAAGACAUAUCAGUUUUGCUUACGAGUUCUGCCACUACCAUUCCAUGCCUGUAGCUGAUAGACCUGCAGAUAAACAGUAUUGGAGUAUCCUAGAUUUCCUACUCUAUAUCUACUACUUACCUCUCUUCUUUGGUGGACCUGUUCUCACAUACGAUAAAUUUUCUAAACAGAUAAAUUUAAGAAUCCACAUGUUGAACAUAGUUGAAUGGAAGCACAUAUUGAAGGAGCUUUUCAGGUACAUCUUCUGGGCCAUGUUCAUUGAAACUGUCCUUCAUUUCUUGUACUUCCCUGCAUUUCAUCAAAGGCAGACCCUAUUCAAUAGCUUGUCAGUAUGGGCCGUGGGUGGUUUAGGCCUUUGUCAGCUGCUCUUCUUCCAGAUGAAGUACACAGUGAUGUAUGGUCUACCAAGAGUUCAUGCUAUGUUUGAUCACAUCAAUGCUCCUCUUCCACCUGUUUGUACACUAGGCAUGUACUUAUUCCAAGAUUUCUGGAGGUACUUUGAUAGAGGUCUGCAUUCAUUGCUUGUGAGAUGUAUAUACAUCCCUCUUGGAGGUUCUAGAAGAGGUAUUAUAUGGCAGAUCAUGGCUUCAAUCUGUUGCUUCUCAUUUGUCUGCUUCUGGCAUGGUGCUGAUGAACAUCUUAUCUACUGGGCUUUAUUCAACUGUGUUGGACUCCAGACUGAAGUUCUGAUUGGCAAACUUGCUCAUUGGACUUGUCUCAAUAAUAUGCUGCUUAAGUACUUGUCAGGUGGAAUGUAUAGAAGACUGAUAGCUAUACUCCUCACUCCUAACUACAUGUGCCUUGCUCUAUCUAACCUGAUCUUCCUUUGUGGGAACAGAACAUCUUACUCAUAUUAUGAUCUUCUUGUAAGGCAAGACUGGCCCAAUAACUGCCUUGCUACAUUCUUUACUUUCUACUGCACCAUCCAACUCAUCAUGACCAUCAAUAGAAAGUAUGGUAAAGACUUCAUGUGCAACAAGUUCUAUUAUCGCUCAUGGUAAGACGCUCUUAAAGUCAACAUCUGUCUGUUUUGAGCUCUUGCUAUGUGUCAUUUGUAACUUGUUCGGAAGGGGAAGCAACUCAGAGGAAGCUUUCUUCAAAUUUGUGGCAAUAUUUUAGCAUAAAUUGUGUAUUGUAACUUUGUAACACUAUCUAAGAUUUUGUCCCUGCUGACUGACAUACCAACAAAAACUGACUGAGGUUUCAAGUUGAAGGAGUUGAAGUUUUGGAGACACUAUUUCCAUUUUCCGUUCAUGCAAUAAGAAUAUGUCAAAUACUCUUUUAAAUUUAGUACAACCACUUUGUAUGAAACAACCUAAGUACUUAGGAUGCAUAUGUAUUGCAAAAUACACUUCAAAUGUUGUUUUAUUUUUUUUCACUUUGAAUCAUACAUGUACCUCUAAGUUUCUGAGUGUGAGCAAAACAUUUGGACCUGCCAUAUGAAGGUAUCUUGUGAAUGAACCCAAACAAAUGCUUUCAUAAAUGCAGUUAUUGACUGUAAUUUCAUUCCAACCUCAUAUUCCAAAGUCAUAUACCUUCCAUAUAAAGUUUUAUACAGUAUUGGGCCUUUUCUGAUCAAUUUCAGCCUCUUGCCAAAGAAUUUCAGAUGACCAAAGUGCUUUAACGUCUCUUCAAAAUAUUUUUUCCUUCGGAUUAUUAGUCCAAUACUUUCACACAGUUUGCUUUGUUACCUACUUGUGUGAACCCAAAUAUCUAUUUAAAUUUGUUAUGAACUUGGAUGUACUGUUUGUGAUUUCAAGUUCAGUGUGGGUGUUGUUCUUGGUGCCAGGGGCAUGAAUUAGGCUAACUAACCAAGCUCCAAAGUAGGUUUACAGAAAGUCUCUUUAUUGAUAGCUCAAUAACUAUUUUGGCCAUUCCAAGCACCUGUUUUAUUCAAGUUCUGUGCUAUGGGUGGUGUAAAGUCAGCCCAACAGCAACACAAGCUGUCCAAACUGGACCUGAAGCCAUUAAAUGGCUGCCAACAUGUUAAAAAUGAUUUAACAAGUAUUCCUUUACUGCAGAAAUUUAAAACACACAUUACUUGGCUGAAGAUUGAUUAACAUUGUUCACAUAUUUCAACCAAAAUAUUAUUUUUACUUGUCUUUCAUAAUAAUACAAGGUGUCUUAUUUGUAAAUAUGUGCAUUUGUAAUUUAUUUGAUGAUAAAUUCUAACAGCCAGUUUCUCAAUCAAGUUUAGGAUGUUUUUUGUGGUAAUCAAUUACUUCCAUUGGAAUACUUGAAAUAUGUUCAGCAUCUGUAAUUAAUGCUGUGCAAAAAUGAUGGUAUUACAUUGACCUUGCAAUUUAUGAAUCAUUUUGCAUAUUUAUUGAAAAUUAGUGUCAUACUUGUGUGUGAUUGUAUAUUAUUUCUUGACUAGGAAUGUUGCAGGGCAAUCAUAGCUCUUAAUGAUUUUUGUAUCAUAUGUUGCCAAUGAUGGUUGGCAUAUUCAGAAUUUUUCAAUAUACCUAAAUCAAUUCUGUAAAUGCAGCUUUCACAUUUUAUAUUAAUUUACAUACCAAAAAUAUAUGAAGGUCCUUUUUUUUCAUUGAAAAACUUGAAAUAUAAAACUUAUCAUUGGGGGUAGAAACUUUGUCAUUUAAAAUAAUUAUGAUGUAUUUACAGUGAAAUUCAAAAUUUGUAGUAAGAAGUAAUUUAAGGAUAAAUGUACUAAUGCAACAUUGGUAAUGCAAAUGAUAAUUGAUUACACAUUUUAUCAUUAAUAUUCAAUGAUGAAAAACUUGACUUUUUUGCCAAAUCAUACAUGAACUUCAAAUUUAUAUGUUCAUCUCACAAUGUAAAUAAUUUACAUUAAAUAUCUGAAAUUUUAACAGCUACAUGUAUAUAAUAUAUGUAUGUUUAUCUUUCACAAUUGCAAUACUUGAUGUUAAAAUGUCAUUGUUUGAAAUUUGUUACUUUACCUCAUGUUAAGUAGUAUAAAGCUUAGCUAUUGAUCAUGGGGUUAAAGUUUAUGAUUGACAAUAUCAAUGCAAUCAAUCAUAGAAUUCAGCCCCACAAUUAAUUGUUAACCUUUAUGUUACAGGGCUUGAGUGUAUUGAUGUGUUCUUAAUCAUACUUAAAGGGGAAUCCAACCCAAAUAAAAACUUGUUUUUAUAAGGAAAAGAAAAGUCAGACAAGUUGAUAGGCGAAAGUUUGAACAAUAUUGGACAAACAACAAGAAAGUUAUGAAGUUUUAAAAGUUGUAAAUAUUGGUAAUCACUAUACCCAUGGAGACUUCAAAUUGGCCGCAUAUGGGAUGUCAUAGUGAUGUAAGGCAAGGACUACUCUUCCAUGUACUUCAAUACAUAUUAUGGCUAAAAUGUCAUUUUUCCCAAAAGUUUUAUUUCAAAUUAUAUUUUUCUUUCAUGAGGACAUAAAACAAUAUACUACCUGGGUUAUAUUUAGAUUACUGCCCCAGGGGAAUGGGUACUUAGGAGAAAACCACAAAUCCCUGAUAAUAAAGUACAUGGGCUUUGGGAAAGUUGUCCUUGCCCCUUGUCAUAAUUUACUUACUCAGUUGCCAAUUUGAAAUCUACAUAGUAAUAGUAAUCUCAAUUUUAAAGCAGUUAUAACUUUCUUAUGGUUUGUUCGAUUUCUUUCAAACUUUCACCAUUCUGUUUAAUUUAUUUUUCUCCUUCCCAACACAACAUUUUAUGGCCAAGGCUGGAUUCCCCUUUAAACAGCAAUUUAAGAAAAUAAGUCAAUAUGAAUAUAACAACAUGACACAUUUUAAGAUCAAACAAUCAAAGAAAACACAUGUAUGUUUCAAUUUGUUUGUUUUAUUCCCUUAGAUAACAGUUUUUCAGAUUUUUUUCUGAAUUAUUUAGAAUUAUAUUCUAAAUGGAAUCUGUGUAUAGCAAUCAUUAUUCCAUUCAUCAGUGUUGUCAUAAUUUAUAUUAUAACGGGAUUCAAUUCCAAAUGUAUCCCCAUUCCCUAGAAAUACAUAUACAUUUUGAAUUUCAAUAUCACUUGAAACCAGUUAUGAUCAGUUGAGAAUUCCAGUUUUGAAACUUAAAAACUUAAUUAAUACAAGUUAAUUACUACUUGUUUGUAAAUUCAGUGCCAAACUAGUGAUUUGUAUGACAGACAUCUACAGAGAUCUUUAUAAUGGACAACAGUAGAGAGUAAAUAAUACUUAUCAAGAACUACUUUCAAUGACUGGAAGUUUUAUGUCAUAUCCUAAUCUUUGUUAUUGUAUUGUGUUAUCAAAUCUGAAAUCAUAGGUUUCACCUGAUAAUAUUUGUACAUAUGUUAUAAAUCUAUUCUUUGAUUGAAAUACAAUUUAUUCCAUUAAAUUUACAUCAUAUUGGUU